AUGCUACCCCUCCCCCUGCGCCGCCACUUCCUCUCCUUCUACUCUCGCCGGAACCCUAGCUUCAUCCCCUUCUCUAUCCGCGCCACCGCCAUCUCCACCCUCCCAACCGACUCCUCCUCCUCCUCCUCCUCCGCCGCCGCCGCCACUCCAAUCUCCGACCGCCUCCGCCUCCUCCAGUCGCUCCAAGCCGUCCCCGCCAACCUCCUCCUCUCUCAUCCCCUCCCCUCCUCCGCCCACCUCUGCAUCGCGGCCCACCUCCUCGCCCGCGCCCGCCUCUUCCCCCAUUCCCGCAGCCUCCUCUCCCGCCUUCUCGCCCCCGGUCACCGGCCCCACCUCGCCGCCUCCCUCGUCGACCUCCUCCAUCGCGCGGCUCUCGCACUGGGGCCUCGCCGCAGCGCCCUGCCCUCCGUCGUCGACACCCUCCUCUCCCUCCUCGCCGACCGCGGCUUCCUCGACGGCGCCGUUCUCGCCCUUGGCCGUGUGCGGGAGCUGCGGGUGCCCCCUAACACCCGCACCUGCAACCACAUCCUCCUCCGCCUAGCCCGUGAGCGCCGCGGUGCGCUCGUCCGGCGGCUAUUUGAGCAGGUGCCUGCCCCCAACGUGUUCACGUUCAACAUCGUGAUCGAUUUCCUGUGCAAGGAAGGGGAGCUCGCUGAGGCGAGAGCAUUGUUCUCGAGGAUGAAGGCAAUAGGUUGCCCACCAGAUGUUGUCACAUACAAUUCGCUCAUUGAUGGGUGUGGCAAAUGCGGGGAGUUGGAAGAGGUGGAGCAGCUCGUCGGGGAGAUGAGGGGGUGUGGAUGCACACCAGAUGUUGUGACAUACAAUGCAUUAGUCAACUGCUUUUGCAAGUUUUGGAGGAUGGAAAGGGCAUACAGCUACUUUGCUGAGAUGAAGAGGGAAGGAGUGAUAGCAAAUGUAAGGACUUAUAGCACCUUUGUAGAUGCGUUCUGCAAGGAGGGGAUGGUAAGGGAGGCUAUGAAGCUGUUUGCGCAAAUGAGGAUCAGGGGGAUGGCACCGAAUGAGGUGACAUAUACAUGUUUGGUUGAUGGGACCUUUAAGGCAGGUAGGCUUGAUGAUGCCUUUGUUUUGAUUGAUGAAAUGGUGCAGCAAGGUGUGCCAUUGAAUGUGGUCACAUAUACUGUGCAAGUUGAUGGACUUUGUAAAGAGGGGAAGGUUGCAGAAGCGGAGGAUGUUUUUAGGCUGAUGGAGAAAGCUGGCGUCAGAGCCAACGAGUUGUUGUACACCACACUAAUUCAUGGGCAUUUUGUGAAUAAAAAUAAAGGAAAAGAGUCAGAGGCCAUUGCCCUGUUCCACAAGAUGCAGGAUUCCGGGUUCCAGCCUAAUGUUGUGACAUAUUCUGCAUUGGUUGAUGGUUUGUGCAAAUCAGGAUCAGUUGAUGAGGCAGUCUCACAUUUUAACAAAAUGAGAGACCUAGGGUUAGAGCCUAAUGUACAUACUUACACCGCUUUAAUUGAUGGUUUGUGCAAGAGUGGGUGCUUAACCAAGGCUGUGGGGUUGUUGGAUGAAAUGGUUGACAAGGGUUUGUCUUUGGACAAAGUUGUGUAUACAUCUCUUAUGGAUGGGUACCUGAAGCAGGGAAAUCUUCAGGAUGCCUUUGCACUCAAGGCCGAGAUGAUCAAUAGUGGUUUGCAGCUAGAUCUCUAUGGGUACACUUGUUUUCUAUGGGGAUUUUGUAAUUUAAAUAUGAUGCAAGAAGCUAGAGAAGUUCUUUCAGAAAUGAUUGGAAAUGGUAUUACUCCUGAUACGGUAAUUUACAACUGUCUGAUAAGCAAAUACAUGAAAUUGGGGAAUAUUGAGGAGGCAGCUAGUCUUCAGAAUGAAAUGGAAAGUGUGCUACCCUCUUUUACAAAUGGUGAUACUGCUCCUGGUUCUGAUGGUUAA